AUACUCCAGGAAGUCAUUCACAAUGAGCUACAGCUUCAGGUCGAAGAACCAACAUAUUUUUUUCAUUAGUAUGGAGUGCGAAGUGAGACAUUUUCUCGGCGUGAAACUUAUAUAGGUUUUUCGAAAGCCUGGUCCUCAUAAAUUUUUUCAUGGUUUGCCUAAAAAUGAACCUGGGCACCUCAAGCCUCAAGUACACCGUAGGUGUUGUACUUUUGAGUCUUACUUUCUUGGCCGCAAGACGCCAAGAACAUGACAAUGUUCAAGGAUCCAGUAGCUCAGACGGUUCUAGUAACGUUCCAAUAUUACUCCAUUCAGGUUCAAAGGACGACUUCAUCGUGAGAUACAAGGCACAGACCCUUAGUCUGAGAGAUAUUUUCCAUCAGCAGAAUGUCUCUCUCCCGGAAAGGUCUUUUUUCGACGAGGUGAACAAACAGAAGACUUCGACAGACCAGUCGUGUACAGGCAGAUGUUUCUCUAAAGAAAGAAAACCGAACAUGACCUGUUACUGCGACAACGCUUGCAAAACAUUUGGUGAUUGUUGUCUGGAUUUUUACUCGAGUUGUAAUCAGAAUAACUGUGAUGUGCUACUUCAGGAUGUGGAAUGUGGAGAUAUCAACAGAUAUUUAAGGUCUGGCGUAAUCAUGCGAUCUACUUGCAGAUCGUUCAACAGUCUGAGUACCAACGACUGCCACACCCUGACUGUCCAGCAGUUGAAUAUGACUUUACAAAAAGAACUCCCUGUCUUUGCCAUGAAACAAAACGUAACAUACAGAAGUAUCGCCUGCGCCAAAUGUAAUGACGAAGAAAAUGCAAGUUUCUGGGGGUUAGAUAUUUCGUGUAAAAGUACCAGAGGAAGUCCACCUACUCCGAACCUCACUGCUGUGUCAACAUUUUUGAACGAGCACAAAGAUUGUUCCUGGAAAUACGCCCCAACUCACGACCUUGCAGACUAUUAUAGAAGUUGUGUGGUAAAGGAUGCACCCUGUGCUUCGAAUAAGUUAAAUAUCUCGCCUAUUGUUCGAGAAUUGUGUGAAUUAUACUCUAUGGUCUUCACAGUUGAUGGUAAAAGAAGCUACAGGAAUCCUCAUUGUGCUUUGUGUAAUCAGGAAGGAUGGCUGAUUCCUCAGAAAAGUAGCGUGUCAAUAGAAUCGUUCCUUCCGCCAUUACGAAUCCUCCUUGAUGUGAGUACAAACAUAAAAUUCACAACCGAAUCGAGAAAGAAUUCACAACCUACGAUCAAAACUGAAGUUUUGCGAUCUCAGGUUUUCAACAUAUCUUCGCAAUUGCUCAACUGUACGGCCACCAUUGACAACUGCACUUGCCAAGUUUUAAUUCUAGCAAAUAAUCGAUCAAGUCAAGCAAGUUUGUCAUCAAACAAAACGCUCGUGACAUUGACACCAACUCUGAUUUCAUAUCACAACGAUUCCAUAAGAUUGCAGGGAAACAAUGUUUACACUUUGUGCCCAACAGCCCAGCCUGGACCAAUAGAUGCGUUCAAGAAGUAUGAAAAAGAGUUAAAUCACAUCACCCUUGCCGGUAUGAUUUUGUCCAUCGUCUCACUGUGCCUUCUUCUCAUUGUUUACUCGUCUUUCAAAGAACUUAGAAAUCUACCCGGGAAAUGCGUGAUCAAUAUCUCUGGAGCGUCAUUGUGUUAUCAAGCAUUUUUUCUCAGCUCAAAGAAGUCAACAGAAGUCCCUCUCCUUUGCCAAUUAGUGGCCAUUUUACUUCAUUUCUUUGUUCUCUCCACAUUUUCAUGGAUGGCCGUGAUGGCCCUUGAUACAGCAUGCACCUUUACUACAACAGUGGCUGACACAAAUAGGCAACCAUCAGACACCAGAAAGAUCUUCGUCAAGUAUUGCAUGAUGGGAUGGGGACUGCCUACAGUAAUCGUUGGUUUAUGCUCUGUGCUGGAUUUCACUGGUACUCUCCAUAUCGGAUACGGAAAUUUGAUGUACUGUUGGAUAUCAGAUAACACGGCCCUGGCCGUUUUCGUGGCAACACCUGUAGGCGCUUCUUUGACCUUCAAUCUAAUUUGCUUCGCUAAAAGUGUGUGUGCCAUUCGUCAUUUACAACAGGCUGCCAACUUCGCAGCAACUAACAGCUCUAAAGCUUCUCUCACUCUCAUCUGCAUCAAACUGACCACAGUCAUGGGUCUGACCUGGAUUCUGGAGCUUGCUACUAAUUUGAAACAAACUGAGUUCUUGCAAUACCCCUCCGCUGUGUUGAACAGUUUGCAAGGGUUUUUCAUCACUUUGUGUUUUGUAACCACUAAAAGAGUUCGAGGUCUCUUCAAAGAGAGAUUUUCUAAUCGAAGGAGUCGUGCAGUUGAACCCCAAACAAACUCCACCCAUGACCAACGCACACUGGGAAUCACUGAUGUUGAAAGAGCUGAGGAUUCAACUAUCAUUGCCACCAGGGAGCAAGUGAGUCACAACUCCAACAAGAAAUAAAUAUUCUUCUAGAAAUGGAGAGAGACUCUCUGCCCUUCUAAUGAAGCUUUGAUAUAGUGGAGGCGAAAACGAACACAAUAAAAUAUGCAUCUAAUAACUGUCGACUGUAAACGAACUGCUUCACUAAAACAUUAAGAGUUCAUUGCCACCUAUAUAGAGGUCAUCAGUGACCGUGAUAGUAGAGGUAGAUCGCAAUCGUAUUAUCACUAGUGUAGGAACGCACGUCAUUUGAUAUUAUUACUGUAAUAAGUAUGAUAGAAAUAGGAUUUAAAAUUAUAUACCAGUAAAUACAUGAAAUUGUAGAAAAUUAGCGUCGAUUGAAAGAUCGAACCAUAUUGUGUUGCUCAAAUAAACAGGUGUUUGAUAGA